ACAGGUUGUGUUUUUUUGCCGCUCAUAUUAAUAAUAAAUAUAAAAACAAUGCGGGAAAGGCGCGAUAGAGAACGAGAUCGAGAGCGGGAACGAGACCGAGAUCGGGAGCGGGACCGAAACCGUGACAGAGAUAGGGAUAGAGAACGAGAGCGCGAACGUGAACGCUAUCGCUCCAAAUCAAAAUCUCCCUCACGCAGCAGCCGAAAUAGAUCAAAGUCAAAGAAGAAAAAGUCAAAGAAGUCGAAGAAAUAUUAUCGACAUAGUCGCAGCAGCAGCCGCAGCUCAUCGCUCAGCUCACAGAGUUCAUCCCGCAGCAGCUCGCGGAGCCGGCAGAGCAAGGGUCGGGAAUACGAUUCCCGCAAAUCCAAGUCCAGGUCGGCAUCGCAACGCACAACACGAGCGCCCAGCGCCGAGAGCGGCUUCCGUCAGCUAAACACAUCAUCAGCAAAAUCAACUGCACCGCCCAUCAAAGCCAUCGAUUUGCUAGACGCCAAAGUGCAAAAGAGCCUGGAAACAAUCGAUGAGGAUGCAUUCAAGCCGUCUGCAUUCUUCAGCUCUCGCGAUCGGGAAGCCCAUGAAAAGGACAAAGUGAUCAUCGAUUUAAAUAAGGAGACUGUGAUCGUAACCAAGCCAGCCGAAGUUACAGCUCCUAAAGAAGACGAAAUCUUCCAUCCCAAUUUUUUGGGCGAUUCUGAACUGAAGGCAGAGAAAUGGCUGCGCAAACUCUACAAUUAUCGCCAGAAGUACAUGCAGCAAUAG